AUGAAGCAGUGGCGUUUUGGAAGUGCCUCUGGGUGUGCGGGGCCUGGGGCUCCUUCCUCCCGCCGGGGCUCGGGGCGGCUGCCCCACGGCGCUGCCCCUCGGAGACGGCUCUGUGCUGCGGGGCUGCUGGGGCUGCCCCGGGACACGGCCGCCAAGGCUCUCUCCGCUCUUCCUCCCGGCAGGUGGGGCUCCACCUUCCUCCUGAAGCACCGGGUGCCCCUCAGCGAGCUCUGGGUGCUGUGUGGGGAGGACGAGGCGGCGUGCGGGCGGGAAGACGAGGAGGUUUUUGGCCUGAAAUGUGCCAACAGCCUCGUCCUCGUGUGGCCCGGAGACGUCUGCGUGGUCACUUUCCGGCGUGGGCAGAGCAAGCAGAGGCCCCGCUCGGGUUGCGGAGGCCCCGGCGGCAGCUCCGGGAGCGCACGAGGCCCGGCCCCCGGCACGUCCCGGCGGCUCCGCUCAGCCCGCGACACCGAGCUGGGCGCUCCGAGCGGGGGCUCUGGUGCUGGCGGCGCGGAGCGGGGCCGCGCGGGCGAGCCGUGCCCGGGGCUGGGCCUCCGCAGAGCAGGAGGGGCCGCGGCGGGCUCUGAGGCGGCUUCUCCUUCUCACUGCAGGUCGCGGGAGGUGAAGGAGCUGUGGGUCAGCGCCGUGCUCGGGCGAAGCGGAGGAGCCCAGGAGAUCCGCGUCACCCGCCUGGCCUCCCUGCGGUUCCUGGUGAAGGUCGUUGGCUUCUACUGCCCCUCGGCGUUGCUGAGCGCCCGGACCAUCGAGGUGCUGAUUUCGGCGGAGGCGGCCACCGAGCAAUGCCCAGUCUUGGCCCCAUCGGCUCCUGAGGAGGGACUUUGCCACUCUCCUGCAGAUGGGACUAAGAAAAGGAAGAGGCUGAUCCCGUGGCCGUUCGCUCGGAGGCGAGCCUCGGCCAGUGGGGCCUGUCCAGAGCAACCAGACUCUGGCCUCAAGAGCCCCCUGUUUGGGCAGCCUCUGGGCAGUCUUUGUGGGGAAGAGGAGACCCUGCCCCAGCCGGUCCAGGAUCUCCUGGCCAUAUUGUACAGGGAAGGGCCUGCCACUGAGGGGAUAUUCCGCAAGGCUGCCAGUGAGAAAGCGCGCAGGGAACUGAAGGAGGCCCUCGACAAAGGGGGCACCGUUGACUUGGACAGCAAACCUGUGCACCUCUUGGCUGUCAUCUUGAAGGACUUCCUGCGCAAUAUCCCUUCCCAACUCCUGUCGGCAGCCCUGUUUGAGAAGUGGAUGCUGGCUCUUGAAAAGCCAAGCAGGGAAGAAAAGAUUGAAGAAUUGAAAGAGGUGGCUGACCAACUGCCUCGGCCAAAUGUCCUCUUGCUCAAGCCCUUGCUUGCUGUGCUCCACCACAUAAGCCAGAAUGCAGAGACCAGCAGGAUGGACUCCAGCAACCUUGCCAUCUGCAUAGGGCCCAACGUGCUGAGCCCAGGCACAGACAGCACGCUGCCGCUGCAAGUCCAAAUGGAGGUGAAUGACAAGGUGAAGGCGCUGGUGGAGUUUCUUAUUGACAACUGCACAGCAAUAUUUGGGGAGGACUUGGCCUUGCCUGGCAGCCCCUCUGCUGAAGACUGCCCCGAGCACACCGGCAGCUCCGCAGGGCACCCAGGAGCUGCUCAGGAGGAUGCUUCUGCCCAAGACAAGCCAGGGCCUGAAGCUGGAUGUGACUCCCUAACGUCUGAGAUGCAGCAGCCCACUGGGAGAAGCCCUAGUGGGAGCAGGGCAUAUGCAACAUGUGUCUCUGCCCCUCCGGUGCCUCAUUUGCAAAGUGACAUCAGCGCAAUGCGUAGGAGCAUCUCAGAGCCAGCUCUGUCCUUUGAGGACCCCUCAGAGGGCAGCAGAAGGCACCAGAAACGGAGCAGGAGCGUGGACAGUGUUGCUGCUGUGCAGCAACAGGUGAGCUUGGCGAGGGAGGCACUGGGAGAGCAGCCUGCCAUCGAGCCCACACAAUUAUCAGAGGGCGCUCCACCCCAGAUGUCCUCCAGGCGCUCCCUGCAGAGCUGCUGUCCUGCUGCCCAGGGCUCCUCCAUCAUUCCCCUGGGACCUGCUGCCAUUCCCUCUUCCUGAUUCCGGGCUGCGAGAACCAUCUAAGCAGUCACCAGCAUUCCUAUCGCAUGCCAGGCCUGGGUGAGAAGCCAUCAGAGCCCAGCAAGAUCAUCGUGGACAUGGAAGGAUGGGGGGGGGGAAGGGAAAGAGAAGUGGAAAGAGGAAGAAGAAAAACUACAAGGCAAGAAAGAACAAGCCAAGAAACAAGGAAAGAAUAACAGCAAGAAACAGUCAAAAGCAAGUAAGGGAACAUCAAGGAUGGCAACAACAUGGGAAGAAAACACAGGGAAAGAAAGAAGGAAAAAAAGUAGCGUAAGAAGGAAGAAAAAGCAAGGAAGGAAGGAAGAAAAGCAAAAGGAAAAAAGGAAAAAGCAAAAGAAGUAAGAGAAAAGGAAGGGAGAGAAAAGAAAGGGACAAACAAGAAAGGGACAAACAAGGAAGGGAGAAAAGGGGAAAGGAAGUGAAAAGGGAAAGAAAGAAAAAAACAGGGAAGUGAAAGAACAAGGAGGAGAAAGAACAAGGAGAGGCAAGAACCAGGAGAGGAAAAAAGAAGGAAGGGAAAGAAGGAGGAGAAGAAAAGGAGGGCAAAUGAGAAAGAAGGGGGAAAAAAGAAGAAAGGGAAAAUGGAGGGGAAAUAAUAAGGAAGGGAAAAAAGAAGGAGGGCAAAUAACACGGAGGCCAAAUAAGAAGGAAGGACAAAACCAAGGAAGGGCAAAAAAAGGAAGGAGAAGAAAGGAGGGGCAAAACAAGGAGAGGAAAAUCAAAGAGGGGCAAAAACUAGAAGUAGCAAAAACCAGGAGGGCAAAUGAAACGAGGGGAGAGAACCAGGGAGGGCAAAAUCAAGGGAGAGAAAACACUAAAGGGCAAAUAACACGGAGGACAAAUAACAAGGGAAAAAAGAGGGAAGGGGAAAAAAGGAGAGGAAAAAGAGAGAAGGGAAAGAACAAGAAUGGCAAAUAGUAAAGAGAAGAAAGAAAAAAAAGGGGAAGUAACAAAGGGGAGGAAAAAAGGAGGAAGGCCAAAAACAAGAGAGAAAAAACUAGGAGGGGAAAACACGAGGAGGAGGAAAAACCAGGAGGGCAUGUAAUAAGGACAGGAAAUAGAAAGGAGAGGAAAAAAGGAGGAUAGAAACAGCAAGGAGGGGGGAAACGAGAGAAAAGGAGGGAAAAAAAGAAGGAAAGGAAAAAACUAAGAAGGGAAGAAAACAGGACAGCAAACAUGGAGCGCAAAUAACAGGAGGGGAAAAAUAAGGGGCAGAAACAAGAAAAAGAAUAAAAACAGGAAUUAAAAAUAAAGUAAAAAGGAAAAGGGGGAAUAAAGGGAACAAACAAACAAGGGGAAAGGGGAAAAAAGAGAAGGAAAGGGAAGAAAAAAGGAAAGAAAAAAUGAAAGGGAGGGAGGAAGAAAAGGAGGAAAAGAAAGGAGAAGAGGAAAGGGGGAAAGAAAAGCAAGAAGAAGAAAAAAAAGGCACUGGAAGAAAUAAAGAGGAAAAAAUGAAAGCAUAUAAGGAAAGAAGAGGGAAAGAAGGAAAAGAAAGGGCAAAAAGGAAAGCAAAGAAAAAAGUAUAUCUGAAAUAAGGAAAGAGAAAAAAAAAACAAAGAAAUCCAGGGAAAGAAAUAAAGGAACGAACAAGACAAGGAAA